AUGUCCAACGUCCAUGCCAACAUGUUCGGAGCUUCUGUGGGUGAUCUCGCAAUCGCUCGCAAGAGGCCUUCCCUUAUGUCUUUGCCUUUGAACCUCAUUGCUGCAAUUGUGGCGCAUCUAGACAAUGUUGCAGACCUCGCACGCCUCUGUCGCACAUGUCGCGUGUUGAAUUACAUGACUCUUCCCCUACUCUACAAAGAUCUUUCUCUUACUUCGUACGACAAGAUCAGGUACCGCGAUGAGAUCGCCGAAGGAUGCGGUAGUGCCAGCCCGUUUUCCAUGGCUUUAAACGCGGUGGUGACAAGGAACGUGGGUGGGCUGGUGCGAUCUUUAACAUUGCGAGGACAUUGGAGGGAAGAUGAAUUAGAGGAGCAUGCGAGAGUCGGGAGAGUACCAGACUCGUCAAUGAUGCUGAAUAUCGUAGUGAGGGCCGCUGUGGAUAAGAUGUCUGCUUUGGAAUCUGUCAGCUGGCAGCUUAACACGAAAAUGCUGGAGACAGUUUAUCAAGGUCUCGCACAGCUGCCUAAUUUAACCUCGUUGACAGUGCGGUUUCCAUCAAGUCGGCAUCCCCGACCGACUGCUGUUAUUCCGCCAAUGCCACAUCUACGAUGCCUUAAAAUCACCGAUAUCGACCCACUCUGUUACCCCGAUGAUAUCUCCACUUUACUCUAUGAAAGCAAAAAGCUUCGGGAGUUGGGAUUGCACUGGUCUUACCGCAUGCGGGAAGAACAAGAGGCCAGUGUCUCCCUUUCUGAUUAUUUCCGCAAGUGUCUUGCUGCUAAAUCGCCGUUGACCAUCAAAAAGAUAUCGUUCCAAAAUCUAUAUGCAUUCCACCGAGAGGAGGUUAUGCAUGCCCUGGACCAUUCCGUGCUUGAAGACUUAACCUUGUUUAACGCUCCAAAGGGUGCAGAUGAUAAUGUAUCUUUCGUGGAGUACAGCUGGCCGUUGCCAAAAUACGAGUUGAAAAUAAAAUCCCUUCGGUCUGAUCGUUUGGAUACAAGGAGCUGCGAGUUCUUGGCCAAGGUUACAGAAGUGGAACGGCUAUAUCUGGUGAACGGCUUCCGAAAUGCUGGAGAUUACAUCAACAGUCCCAGAAAUUUAUAUUCGCACUCCUCCACGAGCCCUACGCCAUCUUCUAGUGAUGUAUCUUCUACUAAACGAAGCGGAAAUGCAUCUGCUUAUUGCGGAUACCCCGCGUCUAGAGCGCAUACCGUCAAUUUCACAUCUCAGUCUCAUCAAUCCAUGUCUAAUUUUCAACCCUAUGUACGUGACUUAUUUGUCCAAACAAUCACCUCCACGCAAGGACCUAGACUCCGUCAUCUUCUCCUCCCUUCUCGAUGGCCUCUUCCGCCUGCCCUAAUCGGACGCCUUGUGCGUUCAUGUCCCAAUUUAGAGCAGCUUGCUCUAGCAACAGAUUUGUCCAGCAUGGAAUCAGUCAGCUUGCUACUCCCAUUUUUACUCAAACUUGUUGCUCUUCGACUCCUUAUCCCGACUUCCUAUGCCACCUCCGAUCCCAACUCAGGGCAAGGGAUUUUCAGUCGUGAUGCCCAUCUAUCGGCUCCAAAUGGGGAUGUCGAUGGUUACGGUCAACACCGAUUCUUCUCCUCCUCUGGGGAAGUUAAUUCACAAAUAAUCGCUCAAGUGGUUGAUAUGGAUGACCGCAUCCACAACGAAACAAUGGGCGCGUCGUUGGCGGAUAUGGAAUUAUUUGGAACAUUGAAAAUAAUCGGCCUCGGCUGGAAGGCAUGGGAGCUGGGCGAAUUGUAUACGAUUCCCCGCUCCGAAGCGACGCGCGAGUUCCGUUUUAUAGAGGCGCAUGCAAUUGCGUUGAAAUAUCAAUCUAUGACUGCUAGUCGUUCAUCUUCCUCAUGUCUAACCCCUGCAGGGGCGGGAGGGCCGCCAGAAGGGAACAUCACGAUUCCAGAAACUGGCCAACACGAGCGUCAGAAGACAUCAAAGACAUGGCCAACGACAUUAUCCUCGCUGGGAAAACGAAAACAGCCGCCAGAUAGUAACGGCGAUAGCAGAAAUAACGACAACGAUAAAUACGAUAACAUUAGCAAUCUCGAUUCGCCAUCCUCGCCCUCUCCUUCCCUCAUCUCAGCUUUCACGAUACCCACAAACCAACAAUUCCCACAGGCUCCGUCCCAAACCUCCCCUUCCUCUACAACGGCAACAUCCGUCACCCCACCGGCCGAAUGCCAAACCCAAGCGCAACCCACCAACCCCCUUAAAACACGUCUACAACCAUCUCCGCCUUCUCCGUUCGAACUCAAUCCGCCAUUCACUUACAAUAGCACUGGCGAGCUUGUAUCCCAAGAGACCAUCGCAGAAGUAACUCGUUGCAUAUUCACUGAGCAAACUAGAGAUUCCGAGAUGCUUUACCGACGCCGCGUGAAGCGGGUGGGGUGGGAAGUGCUGAAACAUUGGGAGAUUUGGGGGUUGGAUGUUCAGGAAAUUUGA